GGUGCAUCUCCAGGCUGACGCGGCUGUCUGGGGGCUGAGCGAGCCCGACGCGCUACCUGCAGUGCUCGCUGCAGCUGUGUCUGAACUGGGAAACACAGUUUCCCGGCGGGAGAGUCCGGGAGCGCGCAGGCAGGCAGGACACACACACACACACACACACACACACACACACACACACUCUCUCACCCACUCUCGCUCUCAUUGACACACACCCUCUGUCUCGCGCGCGCACACAUACGCGCGCGCGCCCCUUCACAACUGCAUCCCCAAACCCGCAGAGAGAAGCUACUGCGGUUUCUCUUAAUCUCAGCAUCGUGGGGCGAAGCAGAGCCAUUGUGCAUCAGGGUGAGCCCAGUGCCUGCGCUGCCGCUUCGGGUAUAUUACCCAGCAGAACGCUCACCCCGUUGGCUGGAAUGCUUGCCAAUUCUGCUGCAAACUUCUAAGGCUGAGACCCUGAGGAACCCAACUGGAGAAUGCCGUCCGAACGCAGCCUCAGUAUUCAAGAAAUGCUGACAGGCCAGAGGCUCUGCCACUCGGAAUCUCACAAUGACACUGUCCUGGCUGCGCUGAAUCAACAGAGAAGUGAUGGCAUCCUCUGCGAUGUUACCCUGAUUGCUGAGGAACAGAAAUUCCAUGCACACAAGGCGGUCCUUGCAGCGUGCAGUGACUAUUUCCGGGCAAUGUUCAGUCUUUGUAUGGUGGAAAGUGGAGCUGAUGAGGUGAAUUUACAUGGUGUGACCAGCCUUGGCUUAAAGCAAGCUCUGGAGUUUGCAUACACAGGACAGAUCUUGUUGGAGCCAGGCGUGAUCCAGGAUGUGUUAGCAGCUGGCAGUCACCUCCAGCUGUUGGAGCUUCUCAGUUUAUGUUCACACUAUCUCAUCCAGGAAUUAAAUAGCUUUAAUUACUUGGAUCUGUACAGACUUGCUGACCUCUUUAACCUCACUUUGUUGGAGAAGGCAGUGAUCGAUUUCUUAGUGAAACAUCUCUCUGAACUCCUGAAGAGUCGCCCCGAAGACGUUCUAACGCUUCCUUAUUGUCUGCUUCAGGAGGUCCUGAAGAGUGACCGCCUGACCUCCCUGAGUGAAGAGCAGAUCUGGCAGCUAGCAGUGAGGUGGUUGGAACACAACUGCCAUUACCAGUACAUGGACGAGCUCCUGCAAUAUAUCCGCUUUGGCCUGAUGGAUGUGGAUACUCUCCAUACAGUUGCCCUCUCCCACCCCCUCGUCCAGGCAAGUGAGACCGCAACAGCUCUUGUCAACGAGGCCCUGGAAUACCACCAGAGCAUCUAUGCUCAGCCCGUGUGGCAGACUCGCAGGACUAAACCAAGGUUCCAGUCAGACACUCUGUAUAUCAUCGGUGGGAAAAAGCGUGAGGUCUGUAAAGUGAAGGAACUUCGGUAUUUCAAUCCUGUUGAUCAAGAGAAUGCUCUCAUAGCUGCCAUUGCCAACUGGAGUGAGCUGGCCCCCAUGCCCGUGGGAAGGAGCCACCAUUGUGUGGCAGUCAUGGGGGACUUCCUGUUUGUAGCAGGAGGGGAAGUUGAGCAUGCCAGUGGCCGGACGUGUGCCGUGAGGACUGCCUGUCGCUAUGACCCCCGCAGUAAUUCCUGGGCAGAGAUAGCACCCAUGAAAAAUUGCCGGGAGCAUUUUGUGCUGGGUGCCAUGGAUGAAUACCUCUAUGCGGUUGGGGGCAGAAAUGAACUGCGCCAGGUUCUGCCUACAGUUGAGCGAUAUUGCCCCAAGAAGAACAAAUGGACUUUUGUGCAGUCCUUUGACCGAUCCCUUUCGUGUCAUGCUGGAUAUGUGGCAGAUGGUCUUCUUUGGAUAUCAGGUGGAGUAACUAACACAGCACAAUAUCAGAACAGACUAAUGGUAUAUGAACCUAACCAGAAUAAGUGGAUAAGCCGUAGCCCGAUGCUGCAGAGGAGGGUCUACCAUUCCAUGGCUGCCGUGCGAAGGAAGCUUUAUGUCCUUGGAGGCAAUGACCUGGACUACAACAACGACAGGGUCCUCGUGCGGCAUAUAGAUUCUUACCACAUAGACACUGACCAGUGGACGCGUUGUAACUUCAACCUGCUGACCGGCCAAAAUGAAUCUGGAGUUGCUGUCCAUAAUGAGAGAAUAUAUUUAGUUGGUGGAUAUUCGAUUUGGACAAAUGAGCCUCUGGCUUGUAUCCAGGUAUUGGAUGUAAGCAGAGAAGGCAAAGAAGAAGUAUUCUAUGGGCCUACACUCCCUUUUGCUUCCAAUGGAAUAGCAGCAUGCUUCCUUCCAGCUCCAUAUUUCACAUGCCCUAACCUUCAAACCCUUCAAGUGCCUCAUCACAGGAUUGGCACCAUCUGAAAAGCCAGUGCUCUGUUCAUAACCAUGAACAGGAGGGAAAAAAGCAGCCUGACUUUUGGAUACUGGGCAUGAAAAGACUCAGUGCUCAAUGCUUCCUUGCUUUGUUUCGUAGGUCUUAUGUUCUGAUAAACAGUAGCAAAAAAAAAAAAAAAAGAACAGUUUUCUAAAAUACGUCACUGAAAAUCCCUGUCACCCUUCUCAGUGUGUCACAUACAAUACUAUAUGUAUGACUUUUACUGUAGUGUAGCUUAGUGCUGACUUCAUGGUCCAUUACUGUUCUGUGGGUCUUUAGAGUAUUCUUUGUCCACUUUUUCUAAUCAGUGCUGUCUAGGACAACGUGACACUGUUGGUAAGUCAAUUUAUUUCACAAGUACUCUCACCAAUGAUCUUAAAAGAAAUCUUCAGUACUUAAUCCCUUUACUGCUUAAACCUGGGUUUGUAAUUUUUCUUUAAAAAUUUAACAUUAUGCAGCCCUACUCAAUAGAGAGUCAGCAUUAUGACAUCAUAAUGUUUUUAAAUGCCAUAUUUUUUCAAGGUAAUACGAAUAAUAGAAGUACACUGGAACAGCAGUUGGAAUACCCAGGUUUUUUACCUUGGUUAUUACUCUGUGAUCUUGGGCCAGGGGCUUAACUUUCCAGUGCUUCAGUUUUCCCACUUUUUAAGGAAGGCAGUUAUUGAUUUCCAUAUUAAUUUAGAAGAAUGCUGUGAAGAUUGGGCAAAUGCUCUGAAGUACUUCACCUAAGAAAACAAUGUCACUCAAAUUCCAAGGUUUUUUACUGUCUUUAGAACCUUGUAACUGAACAGGGAGAUUAUUUUUGAAGUUUAAAAAUUAUUAGGUAGAACUCUGAACACAUGCUAUGGAAUAGAUGAUUCUGACAGGCAUGUGAAAGAGAUACGCUAAUUAGGAAAAAGGGAGUUUACCACAGCCUACUAUUCCUAAACUUGUACAAAUCCUUGCCUCAAAUAGUAACUCUCAAACAUCUCAUUUAAACUCAUUUUGUGAAAAAUGACAUUAUAUAGCUCAAAAAAAUUAGGCGUACUAAUUUUGGUACCAUAAAGUGCUUUGACAUAAAUUUGAACCUAGAAUCAGUAGUUCUAAUAAAAGUUUUUCCACUUUCUUAAAGGUUAUGUUGAUCUUGAGCACUUGUGGAAUUCUUUCCACCACCAAUAUAUAUUUUAUUACUACCACUUUUAAUAAUGCAUAAGGAUUUUUUAGGCUAGGUUUUUGGAUUUGCUUUGUCUAUAACAAAAAAUAAAACAGCCCAAUAAUCAUAUUUGAACAUAAAUUCAAUAAGUAUAAUGUGAGUUUUCCCCCUUUCCUAAUCUUGUUAAGAUCUAAGUCACCUUUAUUAAAAGGAAGACUUUGACUUUUUUUCCUUUGCACAGUUUAAUCAUUUAACAAUCCUUGUCUUAUGGGAAGUUCUCAUUUUAUUCAUGUAUCCAUUUUAGAAAUCAGAAGUGAAUGAA